CUCGGGACUUGGUAGUCUCUUUAAAUUUGAAGGAAAAAGACCUCCAAUAAUAAAUUGUGGUUUGUCAAAGUUAAAAGUACCCCUACCGAACUUAUUGGCACUCUAUCACCUAGUUGUAAACCAUUUGUUUCAAAAUCUUGUUGAUAUAGCGAGGAAGAUCAGAGAUGGAAAUACAAAAUGCUUAAAUAGGACAUUGAACCUUCCAAAUUUUCCCUGGAGAUUGCAAGUAGCUAUAACUAAAGGAGAACAUUCUAAAAAAAGAUUAGUCAUUGUUUACAGUCAAACAAUAGAUAAAUAUACUAAAGUAGAUGCUUAUUCAUUCAAAAAGGAUUGAUGAUCUAGUCAAUAAAAUUGCUCAAUAAAAAAUAUUCAGUAAUGUGGAUUUGAUACUAGCCUUCCGCCAAACUUUUUUUACCAAAAAUGAUAGAAAACUUACAGCUUUCGAAGUAAAUGGCAAUUUGUUCCAGCUUAGACAAAUGCCUUAGGAACUGAAAAAAGUGAUGCUUGUUUUCAAUGUACUAUAAACGAAUUUAUAGAAAGAGAAGAAUUUUUAGAUGAAUUUAGAAAUGAAGAGAAGAGACAGGUUUUGACUUUACUCUUGUAAGCUUUUCUAAUCUAAACAAAUUAAAUGAUCAACUUAAAUUGUACUAAAAUAAUUGAAUUUAUUUAUAUAUAAUAUCUGAUGAAAAAAUUAACAAAUAAAACAUAGGUGUAAUUGAAAAUAUAGCCAUGAAUAAUAAUAUUCAAUUGAAAAAUUCAUAUAAUAAUAAAUCUUGUUCUAGUAUGUAACUCUGAAGAAUCUAAAGAUCAAUUAUUGAAUUCUCUCAAAGACACAAACAAUCAAACAAAAAUAAAAUCAUAUCAAUUAAACAUGCAAAAAAUUAUUAUCAGUGGUUUACCUAAGGAAUAUAAUUAAAAUGAAGUUGUUAAUAUGCUGCACACACAAAACAGUUUUAUCCAAGAAUUUAGCAAGGUGAAAAACAUCAAAGAUCAUUUAAAAUAGAAGCUAUCAAACCAAUAAAAAAUAAACCAUCAAUGUUUUAAGUGUUUGCAAAAGUAAAUAAAAUAUUAAGAGGUUUUCAAUGUUAUAAAAACAAAAUAACAAAACACUUGGAUUAACUUCUGGAAGAAUAUAUGAUGAACUUAAUGUAAUGAGUUGUUUUAACUGUCAAAGCUUUGGACAUUUUGCAAAGGAAUGCAAAAACAAGAACCAAUAUGUGCUAAAUGUAGCAAAAAACAUUGGACUGAUCAGUGUUCUUCAAUGGAUAAAAAAUGUGUUAAAUGUGUUUUAGAUGGACAAAAUGAUAAGUUUCAUUGCGCAUUUGAUAUUAAACAUCCUUCACUUGAGAGAGAAAAAAAUACCCUGAAAGAAACACUUGAAAUUAAUUUUUUAAAUGUCAAGUUUAAAAAGAUGAUAAAACCUACAUAAAUUAUAUAUUAUCCUCACUAUGGAAUGUUCGAUCUAUUACUAACAAACUUCCAGAUGUAAUAAAGUAUAUACUUGACCAGAAUCCAGACAGUUUUUUUUAGAUCACUAAUUUUAAUUAGCAUUUAUAGACUAAUAUUUGUUUCUCUCAUUUCUGGAUGAACUCAUGGAUUUAAUUGAAAAGAUAGUAUCAACAGGUUGCAAAUACCUUAUAGUGGGUGAUAUAAACAUAGGCUUAGAUACUAAAGAACUACUACUAAAGAAACAUACUAGAUGUAGUAAUAAACUGCCAGAUGGAAUACCAGUAGUUAUGCUUACUGUAAGAAUCUUGGAUUUGAGUGAUCAUUUUCUCAUUGAUUUUAAAAUAGAACAAAAAAUAGAAAAAAAAGUUAUACCAAUUACCAAAAAUUUAAAAAUAGUGGACGUACAGUCCUUUAACAAUUAAAUGUCAAAAAAUAAACCAGAAAUAUCAUCAGCUGAAAAUAUGAAAGACAAAAUAACCAAAUAAUGAAAGAGAUUGUGCAGAAACGUUCCCGUUUAAAAAUAAAAAAAAUAAAAAUAGUCAAAAGAGCUCCUUGGUAUGACAGAGAAUAUACAGGUGGUUGCACCUCAAAAACCACAUAAAAGUAGAAGAGCCUAAAACUUUUUUUCUUGAGAAAAAUAAUAUUUUUUAAGUUAUUACUAUUGAAAAAUAAGCUUAAAUGGGGUUCUUCCUGAUAGGUAUGGUUUAAUAUGUCUCACUUGUUUUCUUUUGCUUGAAUGUUGAAGCUGACUCUUUUUCGCCAUGCACCCCAAAAACCACAUUAACUAAUUUAGCUAUAAUUUCUUAACUGUUAAGAACUUUAACCUGAUUUUUUGAAGAAGAUUGUUAUAAUAAAUUGCUCUUAGGAUGAUUGCAUCACUGCUAACUUAUAUUUUAUAGAACACUUCAAAUGUACUACAAAAACCACAUCAUAUGCAUCUCAAAAUAUAUAAUUAAUAGAUUAAGUAAAUCAUUUUGGCUUCGCUUUAAUGCUAAACAUAGCAGUCUUACCAUCAAGCGACAAGGAAGAGUGUCUAUAAACCAUGCACUGAAUUGUUCAAGGGAAAUGGCAUGUAAUCAUUUAAGUAUCAGUUUGAAAAUUUUUAUAAAUAAGUAUCAUUCUACAUUUUUAAAUAUAUUUAUUUCUAUGUAAUAUAUAUCAGAUUCACUUGUUAAAGAACUAGUAGAAGUUGGUGUUAUGGUUAAUGAAGAGAAAAUUGAAGCAGGGGUUUGGAAUGGCAUUGUUGAUUAUUGAAUAUUUAAUUGUUGAAUACUUAAUUGUGAUGAAACACCCCUAUUUAUUAACUAUGGGGUUGAUGGUACCAAUUCUGGGUUAUUUUAUGCUGGCAAAGGGGAUGAAUGUCAAAGAAUGUAUAGAGAAAACAGAGAAUGUGUCACAAGGGGAUAUAUAUAUGUGCCAGGUGAUUUUUAAAUGUACUGGUAUUACAAGUUGUAUGGUUCCAACAGAAGCAGCAAAUAAAAUUCCACAUUUGUUGGUUACGACAUCAGAAAAUGGAGCAUCAAACUAUGAAUCAUUCUUGGCAGCAUUGAAAGAAUUCCAUGUCUACUUAAAUGAAAAAAUGUUAAGCGACCCAUCAUCUUAUUGUCAGAUGGACAUAGCUCAAGACUAGACUUUGAUAAUUUAUCUUUUCUUGAGUUGAAAAAAAUUCGUCUCUUUGCCGCUCCACCAGACACAACAAGAGUUACUCAACUUCUUGACCAAGUAAAUAAGAACGUUCAUAGCGAGUAUCGUAAACAGAAAGACUUUAUGUUUUCAGUUAUCUGCUCCUUAAAUAAAGAAGCUUUUAUGUUAGUUCUAGCUAAUAUAUGGGACAAAUGGGCAACCAAAGAAACUAUUAUAAAAUCUGCUAGAAGGGUUGGUGUCACUGAAAACUCAUUGAGUGUUGAAUUUAUGCAAAAAGAUAAAUUUGAAAGAGCAGAAAACUGUAUUGAAGCAGAGAAACAGCCAUCUCCCUUAAUUUCUUCGCCUGAUAAAAGACGUUGUUCAACAAGUUACUGGAAAUCAAAGUUCAAACAAGCUAUGGAACUGAUUGAUGAACUUCACGAAAAAAGUAUUCAACUGGAAGAAAUACUAGGUCUUAUGGUAACCAAAAAGGUAAAGCCUAAAUUAUCAAAAGAUAUGACACGCGUUACCCAAGUACAUGGUUCAAUGACAGCAAACAAUGUAUUAACUGUAGCUGAAUCCAUAAAAAGAAUCAAAGAAAAAAAGUUAAAAGAAAAAGAAGAUGCUGAAAAAAAAAAGAGGAAGUUAAAAAACUUUUUAUUAAAUGUAUGCUUCAAUGUAAUUGUGGAGACAAAAUGUAAAGCUUUCGGCUUGAAGCAGUGUCUAACCUGUCUUAAUGUUAUGAAGUCUGUUUGCAGCAAAGUAAAUUGCAAAGUAAAUGGACAAAAUCCAUAAAUGAUUUUAUUAGCAGGUGCUAGAAAGAAAUGAACCAAUUAUUUUAAUGAGAUAUUUCUAUAAAUUUUGUGCAAAUUUAGUGAAAAAGAUUGAUUCUGGUUAA